GUCAUUAAUGUUAAUGGGCUUGAGCGGGGGAUGACUCGUUUCGAAUUUCGUAAGAUCGGUUAAUGCUGUUCAUAGUAACAUUAAGUAGUGAAAUUUAAAUAGAUGAUACAAUGUCAGGUGACGGGUUAUUAGCAGCAACAACAAAUCACAACAACGCGACGUCGUGCCGCGCUUCCCGUAGAAAAUGCGUGCCAAAAAAAUCAAUGCGCGACGACGACACGUUGCUCCCGGUCCCCAUGGCUGCGCGUGGGUGUAUGACUUGUGACGUCAAUCAACUAAGGGCCUAUCGGUGCCGCGGCAACUGGUUUAAAGGAGGGGGUAACUAACUAGUCGUGAAAGUCUCGAGUAAAUGUUAGGUUAGAGCCCCCACCACGGCUCAUGGCAUGCAGCGUCAUCAAGGAAACGAAAAAAGGAGUUUGGGAAGUACUGUUACUCGACUGGCGUCGACGUACGCCUCAAACCGAGGGGGAUAACUAAAGGAAGUGCGACCGUGAACCAGCAAGAUGCUGCAUUGAAGCGGCAUCUGCCCAGGACAGAUCUACGCCUGAUUACCCUUAAAAUUCAAUUUAGUCAAGGAGUAAAAUGGCUCUCUUCACCGUAUUUGCAUUCGCUUUUAGUGUCCUCGUUUAUUGCAAUGCGUACUCCCUGCGUUCAACCUCGAACUUCAACGAAGACUUCGUCGUGCCUCAUUACACACACUAUGACGAGCUCAAAGCAGUAUUCAAAAACCUAUCUCAGCAGUUCCCGAGUUUCGCCAAACUUCACUCGAUCGGCAAGUCCGUCGAGGGUCGCGAUCUUCUUAUCCUUGAAAUCAGUGAAAAUGUGGCCGAGAGGAAAUUAGGGGAACCAAUGGUUAAGUAUGUGGCCAAUAUGCAUGGCGACGAGCCCGUCGGCAGAGAGUUAAUGAUAUUCUUGGCUAAGUAUCUACUUUACAAUUAUGGAAAAGAUCAGCGGGUCACUCGACUCGUCAACAACACUGACAUUUUCAUAAUGCCAUCUUUAAAUCCAGAUGGUUUUGAAAAGUCAAAAGAAGGUAUGUGUAAUUCAUUGGAGAAUUAUACUGGACGUGAAAAUGCAAAUCAUGUUGACCUUAACAGAAACUUUCCCGAUCAGUUUGAUUCAAGAUUUAAUCAUGUGAAAGGUGGAAAAUUGAUAGCUGGAAGACAGAGCGAAACAAUUGCCAUGAUGACUUUGAUAGUUAAUCAGCCGUUUGUCUUGUCUGCCAAUUUUCAUGGAGGAGCUGUUGUUGCAAGUUAUCCAUUUGAUUCUGGAAUUGUACACGAUUGUUGUGAAGAAAGUAAGUCACCGGAUGAUAAACUUUUUAAAUAUCUUGCACAUGUUUAUGCAGAUAAUAAUCUAGCUAUGAGGAUGGGUAAUACCUGUCCAUCGGAAGUAUUUUAUGGAGGUAUUACUAAUGGAGCACAAUGGUAUAAAGUACAAGGAGGUAUGCAGGAUUUCAACUAUGCCCGUUCAAAUGCAUUUGAAGUGACAUUCGAGUUAAGUUGUUGUAAAUAUCCAUUCGCUUCUCUAUUGCCAGGUUAUUGGCGAACAAAUAAAGAAUCUCUAUUGAAAUAUAUCGAGCAGGCACACAUUGGAAUUAAAGGUCUAGUAACAGACACAAAUGGACAACCGGUUGGGGAUGCUAAUAUUGUAGUUGUUGGAAUUGCCAAAAAUAUAACGAGUACAAAUAGAGGAGAAUACUGGCGUCUGUUAUUGCCUGGAACUUACACUGUAUAUGCCUCAGCUUGGGGUUACGCCCCUAGUAAUCCACAAAGAGUGAUUGUGAAAAAAGGCAAUGCUGAAAUAGUAAAUUUUGUUUUAAAGAAAUUACCAUUCCAAGAGCAGCAAGGUAAUUUUGAAAAUUAUUAUUACGAAGUCGUCGGCUCACGCGACGAGAACGGCUUCUACGAGAGUCCAAACUUCAGUUAUCACAAUUACUUGGCGCUGAAAAAAUUCCUCGAGGAACUCCACGACAACUAUCCGAACAUCACAAGGCUUUACAGCAUUGGCAAGUCGGUUAAGGGCCGUGAGCUCUACGUCUUGGAAAUAACGAAGGAACCAAGCAAGCACGAUCCUGAGAAGCCGGACGUGAGGUACGUCGGUAAUAUCCACGGCAACGAGGUCGUCGGCCGUGAAGUACUUUUACUGCUUUGCAAAUACCUCUGUGAAAACUACGGGACCGACUCGAGAAUUACACGCAUUUUGAACGGUAUCAAACUCCACGUGCUGCCAAGCCUUAAUCCCGACGGUUAUGAACUCGCGAAUGAAAACGAUUACAGUGGCAACGUGGGUAGAUCCAAUGCUCAUGGGAUUGUCAUUGAUGACAAUUUCGCCCAGUAUGAAAAACAUCAGAACGAAAGCAGCAUUGAAACUGAGGUAUUGUCAAUCAUUAAGUGGAUGUCAGAAAUGGAAUUCGUGUUGUCGGGUACAUUCCAUGGUGGGCCCACAAUAACUUCUAAUUAUCCUUACGGCACCAUUAUUACGAGUAAACGGGAACAUUUACUUGACUCGAGUCCCGAGGAAGAUGUAUUCGCAAUGCUCACAAAUCUCUAUGUGAGUGGGCAGCCUUCGACGAGCAAGAACGGUCAGUGUCCUGAUUAUUCCACCGACUAUAUUGUCCCCGUCGGUGUUAAUAAGAGCGAUGGGAUGCAUCGGACGAUUGGCGCUUUCGAGGAAUAUUCCUAUCGCCAUCAUCACACCUUUGAUAUCGCCAUAGAGAUGGGCUGCUACAAAUACCCAAAGGCCACAAGACUACACGAGUAUUGGCGCGAUAACUUAGAAUCCCUGUUACGUUUUAUCGAGGCGGCCAAAAGAGGACUAUACGGCUCGGUGCGCUCAUCCAUUGGCGGUCCAAUUGCUAACGCAGAGAUAAAAAUUCAGGGGAGAAAAGUAACGAUAAGCACAAGCAGUAGUGGACAUUAUCGUUGGUUGCUCCCGCCAGGCAAUUAUACUGUUACAGCAAAUGCCUCGAAUUAUGAGCCGCUGACACAGAAUGUCAAGGUACCCAGUGACAAUGGUGAACUCAGAUUGGAUUUCACCCUCAUUCGCAACGAUCCUUAUCACUGGAUUCAUCUAAACGACUACGACUUAAGGGAUAAUUUGAAAAAUGGAUAUCUAAAAAAUAAGGAAUUAAAUGAAAGUUACAAAAAAUUAGAAAUGCAAAAACCGAGUGUAGCUGAAUUUAAGGCUGAUGAUUCACCAAUCAGCGCAGCUAUACAUUCCUUUAAAAUUACAAAUCACGUGGGGAAUAGCGAAGAAACUAAAAUACGUAUCGGUUUUAUUGGAGGAUUAUUUGCGUCACAGCCAAUAGGUAGAGAAAUUCUUAUAAGAUUUGCACGACAUAUUUUACGAGCGAGCCAAGAGGAAAUUCCAUUUGUCACUAAAUUAUUAGACAGGAUAGUUUUGUAUUUAAUACCCGCUGUUGAUCCUGCUUUCGAUAAAAUAACCGAUAGCUGCAAUCCAGCUGUUAAUGAUGAAGUAGGAAAAAGAUUAUACUCAGCGAAACGAGGCUCUCAAUUGGAUGUUGUUACUAAUGCACUUGAGCAAUUAUUUCUAACAGAAGAUUUCGACGCGCUUGUAUUGUUUGGAGGCGGAAGUGGGAUAAACGUAAGUUAUGCAUCCAAUAACAUUGAUUUUUUUAAGGACUUUGUCACAUACUACCAAAAGUCUGUACAAAUAAGUAAAUGUGAAACGCAAUAUGAUGAUAUUAAAAAUGUUCAAAAUUAUAUUAAAGAUAAAUAUAAAAUACCGGUUAUGAGUUUUUCUCUAUCAUGUUGUAAAUAUCCUGAAGCACAGUUAGUUCCAAUCAUCUGGAGAGAAAAUCUACUGCCAUUGAAGAAUCUCAUUAAACGCUUAUCUACUGGUGUUCUUAUUGCAGUGAGAGACAGUGACAAUAAUCCUUUGAGAGAAGCAAUAGUGAGAGUUGGCGCGUCUGUUUAUAAUGUUUCGAAAAAUAUGGCUUACUUUAAAGCAAUAUUACCUUCUGGAAUAUACGAUGUAGCGUUUAGCUGUAAAGGCUACGGCGAUCAAAGUGCAAUGAUAAUUGUUCGAGACGGCGAGCUGACGCGUUUAAAUAUUAUUUUAAUUCGUAGCGAUAGUACUACAGAUAAAAACCAACACAUAUUGGAAAAUCGCAACGAAGAAUAUCAAGUACUUAACGAUUUGAAUAUCAAGUAUCCGAAAAUUUCUACUUUACAUGAAAUUGGUGUGAGUAAAAAUGGACAUAAAAUAAUGGCUCUCGAAAUUCAUCCAAAAAAUAAUCUGAAGAAUGCCAUUGAUAGGCCAUCCAUGGUCUUUUCCGCGGGCGCAGCCACAAGAUCAUUCGUAACUUCCAAGAUUAUCAUACAUCUUGCCACCCACAUUUUAACUAAUUACAAUAUUGAUAGUCAGAUUAUAAAUUACGUUCAAAAUUUCUCCAUUUUCGUUGUACCGACUUUGAAUCCUGAUUCCAAUAACAAGGAAAGCUGCUCCUAUAUUCCUGAAAAUAUUCUUCAGUUUCCUCGUGAGAGUGGCAAAAUCGAGUAUUACGAGAACGCAAGGACGAUCGCUAAAUGGCUGGAUAGAGUAAAGCCGAUAGUAGUUGUGAACUUACGCGUUGGCUCCUUACAUAUAGAGAUUCCUUAUGGGAGUCGCCUGGGAAAAAAUAGCCAAAAACCAUACAUUACGGACGAUGAAGAAAUAUUACAGCGUCUGGCUUUGGCCUAUACUCUAAACCACCCAUCGAUGAGUCUUGUGAACUCGCGCUGUGGGAGCCGUGUAAUUGUCGAGAACAGUGGCAUGGCACAUAUGGGUGUGGCAUCACGAGGCACUAUCAACGACAGCCUACUCGACUAUCUGUACCUGAAAGCAGGCGCGCUUCCAUUGGAAGCCUACAUUGCCUGUUGCGACGGCGACGACGACAUUCGUGUCUGGAUGGAGAACAAACGCAGCUUACUGGCUGUCGUCAGCGAAGCUGCUAAGAACGUGGCUGGGUACGUGGUUAACGAGGCCAAUGAGCCCGUAGUCGGGGCCACGCUUACUCACGAUCAUUCCACGCAUCGAAUACAAAGCCAAACGAACGGAGCUUACUGGCUGCUCCUGCCGCCGGGCACACAUUCCAUUGAAAUUGAUGCGCCAGGUUUCUACCAAUUGUCAAAGUCGGUGAAUGUCACUGAUGAGCGAAACACUGGCAAGUUGAUACUUAAACUCAAACGCAUCACAAACAUCGUUGGGAUGCCCCGAGUCGUCUUCAUUAUUACGACCGGUGCGGUUCUUAUCGUAUUGAUGAUUGGAUGCAUAUUUGCUAUUACCAAAUAUCAAUCUAAGCAUCUUAAAGAUAAAAACAGUCGAAGGCCUUAUGCAUUUAGUCUGUUGCGCGAUGGUAAUGCAUUUUUUGAUGACGAUGAAAAAGAAGUUCAAAUAUUUAAAAGGCCUUGUAAAGAAUAUAAGGAAGAAUUAUCUAAAGUAGAACCUUAUUUUGAUAAUGAUGAUAACUCAAGUUCCGACGAAGGCAGCGAUUUAGAAUUCAUAAGACCAGAUAGAGAAUGGCAAGGAAAAGUGCCCGAAUAAUUUAAACAAUUUUUUUUAAUUUUUUUUAUUUCCGAAAGGUCAAUUUUUUGGUACGAAUUAUCCAAUAGAAACCUCAUAGACUGACAGUUCAAAAAUAUUAGCAUAAGUU